CCGUGAUCCAAAAGUAAUGAAAAACAAUGUUGUAUCUCAUUAAUAUAAUUAUAAUCUCUGCCCUCGCGGUUUUAACACCGUGUUCCGCAGAGGAGCCGUGCAGAUCUUGUCCUUGCAUAAUCGUAAAUGUUUACUACACAGCUCUUGAUCCAGAAAGCAGAUCAGCAUUCAGAACACAAUUAGUGCCAGGAUAUUCCGAGUUCAGGAAUAAUCUAAUCAUGAAUCUUCUCCCCUUUGGAAACAGAAAAGUGCAGCUUGACGAGUUGAACCCAAACCAAAUAAUCUGUCAAAAAGGUCGUCCUGAAUGUCGCGAAGGUGUCGCCCAUGCCUGCGCAAUGGCGGUCAUCCACGAGGAAGAAACACCUCUCGAGACGAAACACUAUCUUUCGAUGAAAGUUAUCGGAUGUGCGAUGUCCAGUGAUAGCCCGGGAAUGAUCCAGCAAUACGAUUCAAUCAAGACUGAACAGAUUGCCCCAUCGGACUUGAAGAAAUCCAUCUGCGAUCGCUUUUCCGACGAAGAAAAACCGAUUACUUGUCUGAGAUGA